UGAAUAUGGACAGAAAACCACACAAAACAUUUUCAAGUUUUUCAGAAAGAUGGAAAAAUGUUAGCAGAAAUAAAGAUAGGAAAGAAACUAGGUUGUAUAUGUGUUCAUACUUAUAUGAUAUUUAUCAGUUUUUACUGUUGUAUUCAUUUUAUGAUGUACUGUUAUCAGUUUAUCUGAUAUUGCAUAUAGUUAUCCAUGAUUAAUGUUGUUGUUGUGCCUUUCCUUUACUGAUGUAUGUUAUAUAAGUGGUGGUUAAGUAAGUUAUGAAAACUGUUUCACAUGACAUGCAGCUGCCCUAAUUGCAGCCAGUGGGUGAAGUUAUUCUAGCUUUUCUAUUUUGAAACAUGUGACGUUUGAGCCUAGUAAGUUGUGCAAUACCAUACCACAGCCAACACACACACUUCCCACUUUACCUCUGUAUGUAGAGGAGAUAAGACAAACAGUGUACACAUGUAUCGAAUACUGAAGGGAAUCCAAAUGCCCCGGCUGAACUCUGAGAGAUGCCAGGAGGGACUGUGACAAUAGAAAUGCAGUUUCAAUCAACCAUGAUGUUUCAGUGGGACGAGGAGUGGAACAUCUCGUUUGCAGGCUGUGGAUUCAGGAGUAUUUACUACCUGGGAGCGUUGAGCUGUAUCCUGGAGCGGGUUCCACAGCUGGUUCAUGGUGCUUCUAAAAUCUGUGGAGCUUCAUCUGGUUGUCUCGUUGCUGCAGCUCUGGCUGUUGGGAUUCCCAUUGAACAGUUCUGUGUUGAUGUGUUGAAUGUGGCGAAAGAGGCCAGAAAACACACACUGGGAGUUUUCCACCCGACCUUCAGUCUGCUGCGGACAGUGCGGGAAUCCCUGCUGGAGAAACUUCCAGAGGACGCCCACCUUCGGGCCUCUGGAAAGCUCUGCGUGUCCCUCACCAGACUGGCUGACGGGAAGAACGUUUUGGUGUCGGAGUUUGACAGCAGAGACGAGCUCAUUCAGGUUCUCAUGUGCAGCUGCUUUUUCCCUGUUUACUGCGGUUUCAUCCCACCUUCAUACCGUGGAGUGCUCUACAUGGAUGGAGCCCUGAGCAACAACAUGCCCCUGUUCGAGCAGAGAAACACCAUCACCAUGGCCCCGUUCUCAGGUGAGAGCGACAUCUGCCCCACAGAGGGUACAUUCAACUUCUUCGAGGUGCACUACGGCAACGUCAGCAUCCAGGUCAACACCGGCAACGUGCACCGCGUCUGUACAUCCUUCUUACCUCCUAGACUUGAGAAGCUGGCUGAGAUCUGUCACAACGGCUACAUGGAUGCUCUUCGUUUCCUGAGAGAAAGAGAUCUGCUUGGGACACAGUGCCUUCCUCCCAGUUUGGUGUCAGAGAUGGACGCAGUCAAGACCUCUUGUUGUGAGCCCAAGAAGACUCUGAUGAAUGGACUAAAUCUUGCAAAAGAAAAACAGUGCUGGCUGGACCAGAAAGUCAUAGAGAACCUCCCAGUUGACUUCAAAAAAAUCCUGUGUGAGGCUUGCAGGGAGAGUCAUGAUGGAGUCAGCUGGUGGUCUCAGCUCGCUGAGUUCCUUCCAGUCAAACUGGUUUUGUAUCUGCUGAGCCUCCUCAUGCUGCCCAUCGAGCUGACCUUCUUACUUGCCAAAAGUGUGAUACAGUCGGGCUGCACAGUAAUUUACAGACUGUUGACAUCAGCUGCAGAUUUCUCCAGUGGAGGCAAGGAAAACAUCAGGGAAUCUCGUAGGUACAGCAACAAAUCCUCUGGCUUAAAUCUUGCGAUUCAGACGAGGAGAUGAAAACAUUAAACCUCUGACCUCAACAGUCGCUCCAGUUUCCAACAAAAGUCUUCACUGGGAUGACAACAGUAACAUGGACCUCCUCUCCCUCACCUUGACAUGUACAAUUUUGCCCGACCACCAAGCAUGAAAUUUGCCUAAAUGUGGCAAGGUGACUUUAAACCACAGAAGUAAACGGACACAUCAUCAACCAUAAACCAUAGCAUUUGUCACCUAUGUUACAUUAAUAAGGAAGAGUAUCUCAUGCAGACCAUGUGGACUGAACUGACCAAUAGCUUAACUUUUACCCACAGUGACUUGGGUUAAAUUUGUCACCAUCAGAUGGUUGUGGUGGAUGGAUGUAUAACAUGAAUUUUCCUCCUCUAGAUAAAACUUUGAUUGUAUUUCAGCAUCAGCUACUGACAGAGUAGAAACCAAAACAACUCCUCCGUUCUCACCAGAGCUCAGGGACCGUUUACUGAAGCUGACCUCUGGCCUCUUGUCUCAGCUUGAUUGAUCCCAUUUUAAAAUCUUCAUCUAGAAGGAGAGAGACAAGUGAACAUAGAAAUCUGUCUCAGCUACAAACUCACAACUUCUGCCUGCCCAUAAUCAGCAGCUUAUUUAUUUAUUAUUUGCUGUUUUUAUUUCAUAAUUAAUGUUGUUUUAUAGGCAAUAAUCUAUAGGCCUUCUUAGUUCCAGGUUCAAUAUGUGCAAAAAGGUUGUUUCAAUAAGUUUUCAAUAAAUGUUGAACCCGUCCGGCCCUUGA